AUGUCCAAUUCAAAAGAAGGUUGGUUAAAAAUUAAAAAACAAGAUCAAACGAAAUGGCAUCGUCGAUAUUGUAUUAUUGAUUGGGAUAAAUCUGUUCUAUUUAUUGCAUCAAAAGUUGAUACACGAUAUAGAGAUUGGAUUAAACUUUUACCAACUAUAAUUAUUAAUGAUUUUGAAUAUUCAUUUAAUAAUGAAUCAAACAAUAAUAAUAAUUUAUCAAUUAAUACAAUUGAAAUUAUAGUUGAUUAUGGAAAAUCAACACAUCAUUUACAAGCAGAAACAAAAAAAGAUUAUGAUAAUUGGUUAUUAGCAUUAAAACAAACUGCAUAUAGUCGAGUGGGUGGUGGUAUAUUUGGACAAUCAUUACAAGAUACUUAUAGAUAUUCUCAAGAUAAAACUUCACUUGUACCUUUAAUUGUUCGACAAUGUUGUGAAUAUUUACUUGAACAUGGUUUAACAUUUGUUGGUUUAUUUCGAGUACCAGGUAAACAAUCUACAAUAAAAGAAUUACGUGAUAUGUAUGAUCGUGGUUUACCAGUUGAAUUAAAAGCUUGUUAUUCACCUGCAACAAUAUCUUCAUUAUUAAAAACCUAUUUACAAUCGUUACCUGAACCAAUAAUUCCUAUACAUUGUUUUGAUGAAUUUCUUGCAAUAGGUUCACGUUUUAAAUAUAGUCAAACAAAUGAUUUAUAUCGUUUAAAACAAUUAAUAGAAACAAAUCUUACAAAUAUAAAUCAUGCUAUUUUAGCAUAUUUAUGUAUAUUUCUAAAAAAAGUAACUGAUCAUGCUCAAAUAACUAAAAUGGAUACGGAUAAUUUAGCCGUUGUUUUUGGAAAUAAUCUUAUUCGACCAGCCGAAGAUCUGGAUCUUAAUAUGCUUAAAGGACAUAGUUUUAAUUUAUUGCCAUUAAUUAAAGUAUUAAUCGAUUAUAGUGAAUAUCUCUUUUCGAAUACUUCAACAAAUCAAUUUCAUGAUUCAUAUGAACAAACAAAUGAAUCAAUAACAAAAUCAAGUGGAUUUUCAUCAUUUUCAUCAUUAUUAUCAUCAAAUGAUCAUUUAUUAUCAACAAAACUUCGUUCAACAUCAUUGCCAUCAUUAUAUAAAGGAACAUUUUCAUCAUUUGAUAGUGCAAAUAUAAGUUUAGAAAGUCAAUUAGAACUUGAUGAUAUUAAACAACAACGAAAAUCAUCUAUUGAAAAACAAUUUUAUGUUACAUCUGAUCAUAAUGAUAAUCAACAGUCAUCUUUAGAUACAAAUCAAAUUAAUUAUGCAACAGUUCAAAAUAAAAUUGAUUUUUUUGAAAAUAAAUCAAAUAUUCAACAAAAAAGAUUUGCUAGUACAGAGUUACUGAAUACAGAUAAUGAUGAUGAAGAAAGAAUUAAACAUAAUCCAAGAUCAAUGAAUAAUAUUUUAAUUCAACGAAAACAAAAAAUCGAUAAAACACCACGUCCAGUAACAACAAUAAAUACUGGAGUACCAACUCGUAAAAUGGAAAAAGCUCCAUCAAAAAAAAGUCUUGCUAAUAAAUUUGGUAAAUCAUUAUCAAAUUUAAAAUUAACUAUGUCAAAAGCAUUACAACCGCAUAUAUCAUUAAAUGACAAUGAAUCUCAAAUAAUUGAUUCAUCAACAUCUUCAGCGAAUCAACAGAUUCGAAAAAAAUCUUUAGAUAAUCAAUUAUCAAAUAAUUUAGUAAAAAGAUUACAGAAUGAUAUUGAUAUAUUAAAAGAAUUAUUGGAUAAAAAAGAAUUAUUAAUUAAUGAAUUAACAGAAAAAUCUUGUGAAGAACAUCUAAAAUUUGAUGAAGAAAAAUUUCAAUUAAAUCAAAAAAUUGAACAAUUACAAUAUGAAAAUAUGCAAUUAAAAAAGCAAUUAAACAUGCAAUAA